CGCGCUGAGCAGGAGGAAACGUGAAGCCCGCAGAUGAAUCCUCGCUGAUGAACUGUAUUACUGUAAGGUAACACGUGAGCCGUGUUUUACAUGCUGUCCGCACGGAAAAAGGAUUAUUUGGCUCCAGCGAAUCCAGACACGAGGAGAGGCUGACCUGAACAGAACCACUGGGCACAGAUUGCGCGUCUCAAGUUUGAUCUGCGCGAAGGGGAGUCGCUCUCCUGCCACUGUGGACUAAUGAUGGCGCUAAUGGUUCACCUGAGAACGGUCGAUCACCUGCGGGGAAAAGGGGACCGGGUCGCCAAAGUUACGUUCAGAGGUCUGCCCUUCUACAGUCGCGUGGCAGAGAACUGUGAGGAGGUGGCCCACUUCAAUGAGACAUUUCGAUGGCCCAUUGCCAGCAAGCUGGAUGGAAACGAGAUGCUGGAGAUCCAAGUGUACAACUACAGCAAAGUCUUCUCCAACAGACUGGUGGGGACUUUCUGCAUGGUGCUUCAGAAGGUGGCUGAAGAGGGACACCUGGAGCUGACUGACACACUCAUCGAUGAUAACAACACAUCCAUAAAGACCAGUGUUACUAUAGAGAUCAGAUACCAGUCGAUGGACGGCACAGUGGGAAUGUGGAGCGACGGGGAGUUCCUGGAUGUGCCGGACGACCGGGAGGGGAUGUUUACAUUUGAAACCGACAGCUUGCUAUCCGGACGGAGCCACGGGUCAGGGACGUCCCCUGGUCGGACCUUACAGGGAUCCAUACCGACCUUCAGAAAAGCCGGGAGGGGAGUUUUCUCAGCCAUGAAGCUCGGCAAGAUGAAAAGCUCUAAAGACGAUCACAAGAGAGGAGAUGAGCCGGCAGUCCUGGAAAUGGAUGACCUGGACAGGAAGGCGAUCCGUCUUGCUGGAACACUUGACCCAGACACCAUCUCCCUGGCCUCUGUCACCGCCGUCACCACCAACGUCUCAAAUAAGAGGUCAAAGCCAGAUAUAAAGAUGGAACCGGGCUCUGGACGACCAGUGGAUUAUCAGAUCAGCAUCACGGUGAUCGAGGCCCGGCAGCUGAUAGGCCUCAACAUGGACCCUGUGGUGUGUGUGGAGAUCGGAGAAGACAAGAAGUACACAUCCAUGAAGGAGUCCACCAACUGCCCAUACUACAACGAGUAUUUUGUCUUUGACUUCCACGUCCCUCCCGAUGUCAUGUUCGACAAGAUCAUCAAGCUCUCAGUGAUUCACUCCAAAAACCUCCUCCGGAGUGGGACCUUGGUGGGAACAUUUAAGAUGGAUGUUGGGACUGUUUACUUCCAGCCUGAACACCAGUUCUACCACAAGUGGGCCAUCCUGUCUGACCCUGAUGACAUCACAGCUGGAUGUAAAGGAUAUGUAAAGUGUGACAUCGCCGUGGUCGGAAAGGGCGACAACAUCAAGACCCCACACAAGGCCAACGAGACCGAUGAAGACGAUGUGGAGGGACACCUCCUGCUCCCAGAGGGCAUCCCAGCAGAGAGGCAGUGGGCGAGGUUCUACGUGAAGAUCUACCGGGCAGAGGGACUCCCGAAAAUGAACACCAACAUAAUGGCGAAUGUGAAAAAGGCCUUCAUCGGAGAGAACAGAGAUCUGGUGGACCCCUACGUUCAAGUGCAGUUCGCUGGGCAGAAAGGGAAGACGUCUGUCCAGAAGAGCAGCUAUGAACCGAUCUGGAAUGAGCAGGUCGUCUUCACUGAGCUCUUCCCUCCGCUCUGCAAACGCCUGAAGGUCCAGAUCCGAGACUCCGAUAAGGUCAACGACGUUGCCAUAGGAACUCAUUUUAUUGACCUGCGCAAGAUAUCGAAUGAAGGCGAUAAAGGGUUCCUGCCCACCAUGGGCCCGGCCUGGGUCAACAUGUACGGCUCCACCCGUCAGUACACUCUGAUGGACGAGCACCAGGACCUGAAUGAGGGACUUGGAGAAGGCGUUUCCUUUAGAGCCCGUCUUCUGCUCUCCAUCGCCGUGGAGAUCCUGGACACCACCUCCCCUGAGAUCCUCAGCUCCACUGAGGUUCAGGUGGAGACUGUGUCCAACAUCUCAGAAAGCGCCACAGGGAAAAUAGAGGAGUUCUUCCUCUUCGGCUCCUUCCUGGAAGCCACCAUGAUCGACAGGAAGAUUGGUGACAAAACGAUACGUUUUGAAAUCACGAUAGGUAACUAUGGCAACCAGAUAGAUGGUGUAAGCAAGCCCUCGUCAGCGAAGAAGAAGAAGAAGAAAGAUGCAGAGAACGAGGAGGAGGAGAGUGAGCUCAUUCACAACUCGAGCGAGGACGAGGCGGACGAGGACGGAGACAUGGUCUCAGUGUCCUCCACUCCACUCAUGAGGCCCGUCAUUACAGACAGAAAUUACUUUCAUCUUCCCUACUUUGAAAAGAAGCCUUGUGUCUACAUCAAGAGCUGGUGGCAGGACCAACGGAGACGACUCUACAACUCCAACAUGAUGGACAAGAUCGCUGACAAGCUGGAGGAGGGUUUGAAUGAUGUUCAGGAGGUCAUUAAGACGGAGAAGGCCUUUCCAGAGCGCAGACUCAGGGGGGUGCUGGAGGAGCUCAGCGUUGGCUGCAGUCGCUUUGUGAUUCUGGCUAACAAGGACCUGAACCAGGCAGGCAGAACCAAACUGGAUCGAGAGCGGCUCAAGUCCUGCAUGAGGGAAAUGGACAGCAUGGGUCAGCAGGCCAAGCAGAUUCGGACUCAGGUGAAGAAGAACACGGUCAGAGACAAACUCAAGCUGGCGCAGAACUUCCUGCAGAAGCUCCGUUUCCUCGCGGACGAGCCUCAGCACAGCACACCAGAUGUUUUCGUCUGGAUGAUGUGUAACAACAAGCGCAUCGCUUACGCCCGGAUUCCCUCCAAAGACAUCCUGUACUCCAUGGUGGAUGAGGAAACUGGUAAAGACUGUGGUAAAGUCAAAGCCGUCUUCCUAAAGCUGCCUGGUAAGAAGGGCUUUGGUCCUGCAGGAUGGACCGUUCAAGCUAAGCUGGAGUUGUAUCUAUGGCUGGGCCUCAACAAGCAGAGGAAGGACUUCCUCAGCGGUUUGCCCAACGGGUUUGAAGAGAUUCAAGCUGCCAAUAUGGGCCCCAGUCUUCAGCCUGUCCCUCCUGUCAGCCUCGUCUACAACAUGAAGCAGGUGUUCCAGCUGCGAGCACACAUGUACCAGGCCCGCAGUCUGUUUGCCGCUGACAGCAGUGGCCUUUCAGAUCCCUUCGCUCGGGUCUUCUUCUCAACACACAGCCAGGUCACCGAGGUCCUGAGUGAGACCCUUUGUCCCACGUGGGACCAGCUGCUGGUGUUUGACGAUGUGGAGUUGUUCGGGGAGGCCAGCGAGCUGAGGGACGACCCGCCCAUCAUUGUCAUUGAGAUCUUUGACCAGGACACUGUGGGCAAGGCAGAGUUCAUAGGUCGGACGUUUGCGAAGCCCACCAUCAAGAUGUGUGACGAGUACUACGGCCCGCCGAGGUUCCCGCCGCAGCUGGAGUACUACCAGGUUUACAGAGGGAACUGCACCGCGGGGGAGCUGCUGGCUGCCUUCGAACUGCUGCAGAUCGGUCGAGGAGGCAGAGCUGACCUCCCUCCCCUUGAGGGCCCAACAGACUCAGAGCAUGGGCCCAUUCUUCCUGUGCCAUUGGGCAUCAGACCCAUCUUGAGCCGCUACCGCAUUGAAGUUUUGUUCUGGGGGUUAAGGGACCUUAAGAGGAUUAACUUGGCCCUGGUGGAUCGGCCUCGUGUGGAUAUAGAAUGUGCAGGUAGAGGUGUUCAAUCUGCCCUGAUCCAGAACUACAAGAAAAACCCCAACUUCAGCACUUUGGUCAAAUGGUUUGAGGUGGACCUUCCGGAGAAUGAGCUCCUGCACCCCCCUCUCAACAUCCGGGUGGUGGACUGUCGAGCGUUUGGCCGAUACAUCCUGGUGGGCUCGCACGCUGUCAGCAGCCUGAGACGCUUCAUCUACAGCGCCCCGGACAAGAGCUCCAACAACUGGGCCACUGCAGGUGACAUGAUGGUCAACAUGGACGGGGAACCUAUGGGCAGAAACACAGUCGUCAAGUUGGACGCCACGUCUGAUGCUGUCGUAAAAGUUGACAUGGAGGAGAUCGACAAAGACAAGAAGAAGAAGAAGAAGAAAAAGAAGGGAGGAGUCGAGGAAGAGGAAGAGACGGAUGAGAGCGUGCUGGACUGGUGGUCCAAAUAUUUUGCCUCGAUAGAGACGCUGAAGGAGACCCUCAGAGCUCAGGAGGCGGCUCAGGCCGAGGCGGAGGAGAGAGAGGACCUGGAGAUAGCAGCAGAGGGGGCAGAAAUCAAACCCGAUGACCCUCUUCUGAAAGGCUCCAAGACAAAAGAGAAGAGCAAAGACAAGAGGAGCUCCAGGGACAAGAAGAAGAGUCAGGCCGCGGACGGGCCCGAGAAACGACCAGUGAAAGCGAGAGUGGACGAGCUGAUGGUUUACAACAAGGAGCUGGAGAGCGAGUACAGCAACUUUGAAGACUGGCUUCACACCUUCAACCUGUACAGAGGCAAAGCAGGGGAUGACGACGAGCAAGCUCUGGACGACGACAGGAUUGUGGGCAGAUUCAAGGGAUCCCUGUGUAUGUACAAGCUGCCUCUGUCGGAGGAGAUCACCAGAGAGGCAGGGUAUGAUCCUAACAUGGGAAUGUUCCAGAGCAUUCCACAUAACGAUCCAAUCAACGUGCUCGUCCGCGUCUACGUGGUCAGGGCUACAGAUCUUCAUCCUGCUGAUAUCAAUGGGAAGGCUGAUCCGUACGUUGCCAUUAAACUGGGCAAGUCAGAGGUCAAAGACAAAGAGAACUACAUCUCCAAACAGCUCAAUCCCGUGUUCGGCAAAUCAUUUGACAUCGAGGCCACCUUCCCCAUGGAGUCCAUGCUGACGGUGUCUGUGUACGACUGGGACCUGGUCGGCACCGACGACCUGAUCGGAGAGACGAGAAUCGACCUGGAGAAUCGUUUCUACAGCAAAUACAGAGCCACCUGCGGCAUUUCCUCCAACUUCUCUCUCCACGGAUACAACGUGUGGCGGGACCCUCUGAAGCCCAGUCAGAUCCUGGCCAAGCUCUGUAAGGACGGCAAGAUCGAUGGACCUCAUUACGGACCUGGAGGCAAAGUCAAGGUGGCGAGUCGAAUAUUCACGGGACCAACGGAGAUAGAAAAUGAGAAUGGUUUGAAGAAGCAGACCGAGGAGCAUUUGGCCCUGACAGUGCUGAACCACUGGGAGGAGAUCCCGAGAGUGGGCUGCAAACUCGUCCCCGAGCACGUGGAGACCAGACCCCUGCUGAACCCGGACAAGCCCGGCAUCGAACAGGGCCGUAUUGAGAUGUGGGUCGACAUGUUUCCUAUGGACAUGCCGGCUCCUGGACCUGCGAUUGACAUCGCUCCACGGAAACCAAAGAGAUAUGAGCUCAGGGUGAUUAUUUGGAAUACAGACGAAGUAAUACUGGAGGACGAUGAUUACUUCACUGGGGAAAAGUCCAGUGACAUAUUUGUCCGGGGGUGGCUGAAGGGGCAGCAGGAGGACAAGCAGGACACAGACGUGCACUACCACUCGCUGACCGGCGAGGGCAACUUCAACUGGCGCUUCGUCUACCCCUUCGAUUACCUCAUGGCUGAGGAGAAGAUCGUCAUCUCCAAGAAGGAGUCCAUGUUCUCCUGGGACGAGACCGAAUACAAGAUCCCUCCUCGCCUCACGCUGCAGGUGUGGGACGCCGACCACUUCUCUGCAGACGACUUCCUGGGUGCCAUUGAGCUGGACCUGAACCGGUUCCCCCGCGGCGCCAAGACGGCCAAGCAGUGCUCGCUGGACAUGAUCCGAAAUGAGCAGGAGCUUCCCACCAUCUCCAUCUUCAAACAGAAGAGAGUGAAAGGCUGGUGGCCGUUCGUGGCCCGUGAUGAGAACGAUGAGAUGGAGCUGACGGGUAAAGUUGAAGCCGAGCUUCACCUGGUGACUGCGGAAGAAGCAGAGAAAAGUCCUGUGGGACUCGGCCGAAAUGAGCCGGAUCCACUGGAGAAACCAAACCGCCCAGACACCACCUUCCUGUGGUUCCUGAGCCCGCUGAAAGCCAUCCGCUACCUGGUGUGCAACCGCUACAAGUGGCUGAUCAUCAAGAUCGUGCUGGCCCUGCUGCUGCUCAUCAUGCUGGGCCUCUUCCUCUACAGCAUGCCGGGCUACCUUGUCAAGAAGCUGCUGGGGGCGUGAGAGGGCUG